AAAAAAGUUGGGAGAAAAUCACCAGCACUAGGGAGACCCCUGUAGACUCACAUAAUACCCAAUUGUUGUUGGCAACUUCCAACACACUUUGUGUCUACAAGCUGAGGCCCUGGAUGCUUCUUUGACCGUCGUUAUUUUUAUCCCUUGAGUAUAGUAAGUCUGUGUCCAAAUGAAAUCGUCCAAAAAGUCGGACAACUCCAGCAGCGGGGGGAUCAUGAACUCUUUGAUGGGAAGCAUGAGAAAACCAUCAAAGCAGCCCUCCAUAGACAAUCUCUCCCGGUAUGCGUCGAGAAUUUCAGCAAGCAGUGACAGACACAGUGAAAAACAUCCCAACGAAUCACCAACUAAAAGCUCAUCAAAUGGCUUUUUCUCGAGGUCCAGACAAUCUAGUGAAACUGCCAGUAUGGAUUCCUUGUCUAAAGUGAGUACAAAUGCUAGUUACAAUACUCCAUCCACCACAUUCCACAACUUAUCACAGUCUCACGCAAAGAAAAUAUCUGGUGUUGGGUUUAGGAAAGCUCAUAGACACACAAUCUCAGAUGAGUUCGUGUUAGAUCCACCAGACGAUCCAAAUGAAAUUGAGCAUAUGUUUACAGAAGUCAUGCAAACAAGAGAUUUUGAAAGCUUACCAGAGAAAGCUAAAACUGAAAUGUUGAACUACUCAAUUGAGAGGAAAUGGAUGCUUAUCCGUCAACAAAAACUCACUGAAUAUAAAAGACAGAGGUUGAGAGAACUUCCUGAUCCUAGAUCUCCAACAAAAACGAAGACCCAAUUUCAAUUGCAGAUGCAAGCACAAACCGAACCGAUAAAUUUUAUUACUUUACUACUCAACAAUAGCAUUAGUGUGGAGCAACUGAAAGAAUUGGAAGUUUAUUUAACAUCAGAAGAUCUAAAUUGGAUGAAAGAGUUUCUCAAUCAGGAUGGUGCAGUGUGCCUUUGUAAUGUUUUGAAUAAUCUUUACAAAACCAAACCUUUGUUACUACCAGCAACAACAGUGAAAUCAAAAUUGUUCACCAAUGUCUCUGAAUCUUAUGAAAGUAUCAUUGAAAAAGAAUCGAGGCUAUUUAGAUGCAUCAAAGUAAUAGCUUUGUCAACAAUAAGCACUGACAAAAUUAGAUCCAUGAUGCCCCUGUUUAUUCCGGUUAUUUUUAGUGGCUUAUUUUCUCCAAAAGCUUGGGUCAAAAAGCUUGCGACUGAUAUUAUUACACAUUUUUCCUUUACCAAUUCCAUGUCAUCUUCGUUAUAUUCCACACUGAAGAAAAACGUGAAUGAAAAUUGCCACUUAAUGUAUAUCAAAGAAUGUUACGCAAAUUCUACAACGAAUGUGCGCCUUGAUAAACGUUCGCAAGUGAUCCUUUCGAAUACAGAGGAAGUUACUAGGUAUGAGGCAUGGAUAUGGUGUGCACUGAGAGUAUUUUUAGGUCAUGGUAAAAUGGGAUCCAAAGUUGGAGCUUUCCCCGAAUUCAAAUUAAGCGGGCCAAUGGAUAACUCAUUUGUUGUCAAAUAUGCUGAAUCUACUGCACUUUUAUUAAGAUUGAUAAUCGAGCAUUCUGGAACUUUGAAUGACCGUUUGCAAAUGCGUAGAAUACUUCAAGUUGCAGGUCUUAACGAAUUACUUGAUAGAUGUGAGUUACUUGAAGUUCCUGAGAUCAAUAACGUUUUGAACGACCUUGAAAACCAAAGGAAAAAUGAUGAGUUAGAAUUCAAGAAAACCAAUGAAUUCAAAUCAAAGCAGAUUAAUUUCCAAGAUCCUGCGUCCUUAUUGAAGGCGCUUUGGGAUAAUUCAAAAGACACCAAAACAGGAGACUACUUACUUUCGCUAGUCCAAAAUAUUUUUCUCAAUGCCAAUACUUUGGUUGAAGAACACAGUGACGAUUUGAUAAGAAACUUGAAAAUGACCAAUGAUUUUGUUUCCAAUAUUACUAUGGCAUCUUCUGAUGAAGAUAAUAACAUGAACGUUAAUAUAAACAAGCUAUUGGCCUCAUACAGAAGUGAUGAUAUUGCCAGAAGAGCCAUGGAGGAGCAAAAAGAGGCUAAGAGAAAAGCUGAAGAACUAGAAGCCGAAAGAGACAACAUGAAGAGGCAAUUAGAUGAAGGAUCUAAGGGCCUUGUUGAAAAACUAAGAGUCGAAUUGGAAGAAAAGGACAGAAUGCUUAAUGGUAUGAAAAGAACGGUAGCAAUGAAAGAAAAUCAAAUCGCCGAUUUGAACCGAAAGCGUAUUAUUGACAGGCGUAAGAAUGAAGAAGAGACACGUAAAUUACUUUUGGCGGUUCAUCACAGUGAACAAAAGGCUGAAAAUGCUUUUGCGACCCUUAAACCAACACACAGCCGAAAUGCAUCAACUGGAUCAAAGUCUAGAUUUGCGAAUGACAACAAAAAGUAUCAUAAUCUGAAGAACAAAAUGUUUGCUCUUGAAGGUUUGGAGAAGGAGGCAAGGGAUUUGGAAAAGAUGGACUUUGAGGAAUUUAUAGACAGUAUUCCCGAGCCUCCUGUGAUCAGCAUUGCCAAUGAAAGAAGUUCAAAAGAUAGAGAUGCCGAUUUAGUAACUUUGAACUCUCUCAGAAAAAGAUUAGACUUUCUUCAAAAAGAUGCUAACAAGGUUAUAAAGCUUCAGUCAGAUCUUGACGAGCAAGAGCAUAUGGAAAAGAGGAAGCUACUAGCUUUAGAAAGAUUGAAUAAGCUACAAAAUUCGUUAAGGGAUCUGAAGUUUCAAGAAUUACAAUUUGAGACUGAAAAUAAAAAUAAGACAUUUAGUGGUAACAAAACAUUAGAUCCGUACAACACCUCCUUUGAAAAGCUUGAUACUACUAGAUCAAAGCAACUACGACAGGAACUAGAUGGUAUUGAAGAUCUUUGCGCCAAUUUGAAGUUCCAAUUAAGUUUGAAAGGCGAUGAAAAUAUUGAAGAUGAAGCUCGGAAAGCGGUAGAGGUUGCUGAAGCAAAAUAUGCCAGCGGUCAAAAAGCUCAACCAAUGGCACAAUUUUCUGCAGGACCUAUUGUCACUCCGAGUAAUGUCGGCAAGAUUGAUGUAAAUGGUAUGAGACCGUUCUUAGGAGAGUUAGAAAGGAAGGUUGCCAAACAGAAGCCUAUUUUGGAGGACGGAAAUGCCAACAGUGAAUCUUUACAAGAAGGUGCUAGGCCUAGAGGUGGCAUUGCCUACACAAAACCAAAAAGCGGGGAUGUGAUUGGUGGUUUUCAAAACGAUAAAGAUGAUGAGGAAUUGACUAGCAAUACGAGCCGAGCAAGAAGAGCCCAUUCAAGUAAAAAACAUAGUAACUUGGAAGACGGAGAAAGCUCUUAUAAUGAAGAUAGUGACGAUGAAGCAUAUGCAGUUGAAGGAAAGCGCAGACUUCUAAGAGGCUCCAAAAGGAGAGGUAACAACAGAAGCAAGAUCGAUCUUCUUUCUGAAGGCACCAGCAGCAGCGAAGAGAUGGCAAAUGAGUCAACAAUUGCAGCAACAGCUACGGUUCCGCCGCCACCUCCGCCACCACCUCCAGCGCUUCCAUCACUACCAGAAAAUGAGAAGUCAUCACCUCUGCAUUCUUCUUCUCUAUUACCUCCUCCACCACCACCACCUCCUCCCCCUCCUCCACUUUCUGGUAUGGGUGGAGCCCUUCCACCGCCGCCUCCACCACCACCACCACCACCACUGCCUGGUCUGAAUGGUGUCAUUCCACCACCGCCUCCAUUUCCUGGAAACAAAAGUAAGAGCUCGUCUCCAAACCUUUCGCCAAUCAUUUCAUCCAGUCCAUUUGACUACUUGCCAAGAACAAAAAAGAAACUAAAACAGUUGCAUUGGGAGAAAGUUGACGAUGUUGAAAACUCGCUUUGGUCGGAGAUGGAUAUUUCCCAGUUUGCUGAGCAAUUUAAAGAGAAGGGUAUUUUUGACAAUAUUGAGGAUCUGUUUGCGGCCUUUGAGGCGAAGAUGAACCCAAAGACGUCGAAGGUUGCCAUCGAGAAGAAAUCGUUUUUGAAUACACAAACAAAACAAGAGUUCAACAUUUGUCUACAAUCACUCCACAAAGAUUCUGACAUGGAGGUUGUUUUGAAGAUUCUUCACUGCUCAAGUGAGGUGAUGACGAAGCCAAAAAUCAUGGAACUUCUGGCUAAGGCUGAGCUCUGUGAGAUUCCAAACACGUUGGGUAAAAACCUUGAGCCUUACUCGACGGAAUGGAACUCGAAGGGCGUUGUGUCGAGACCAGACAAGGACCCUAACGAGCUGGCUAGACCGGACAGAAUAUACUUGGAGACGUUCUAUAACUUGAACCACUACUGGAGAUCGCGCAUGCGUGUGUUAAACAUCAUCACCUCGUUCAAGGAAGACUACGGUUUACUGAACGAGCAAUUGGACAAGGUUGAGGCAGCAUCGAGUAGUAUUGAGGAGUCUGGCAGCUUGAAGCAGUUGUUUGAAGUAAUUCUUUUGUUGGGUAAUUACAUGAACUCGGACAACAAGAAGGCGUUUGGGUUCCGGUUGAGCACGUUGCAGCGGUUGAACUUCCUCAAGAACCAGAACAACUCGUUGUCGUUUCUCCAGUUUUUGGAGAAGGUUGUGAGACGGGACUUCCCUGCAAUCCAGCGGUUUUUGCAAGAUUUGCAGCCCGUGAAGCAUGCGUCGAAGAUCUCCAUCGAGCACUUGGACAAGGACUGUGUGUCAUUGAUUUCGAGCGUGAACAACAUCGACUCGUCAUUGAGCACAGGGAACUUGAGCAACCCGGGCUCGUUCCACCCAGAGGACCGGUUUUUGAAGAUUGUCUACAGAGAGCUUCCCGAGAUGCGGCGGAGCGUGGAGAAGCUGGAGAACAAGAAGCUCAUCAUCAUGGAGCGCUUCAACGGCGUGAUGAAGUACUUCAAGGAGGAUCCGGACGCGGACGAGUUUGCGAGAAACAGCUUCUUCAAGAAGUUCAGCGACUUCAUUGCGAGCUACGAAAGGGUGUCUGUGGAGAACGUGGCCAUGGAGGAGGUGCAGAAGAAGGUUGAAGACGCCGAGCGCGCGCAGGAGGCGAACCAGAGGCGCAAGGAGGAGCGGCUCAACAACGUGAACAUCGAUCUCGAGAAGUCGAUCGAGAAGUUGAAGAACUCAGGCCUGCCCGAGAAGCGGAACCGGCUGAAGGAGCUCAUCAUCACGUCGCUCCAAAGCGCCUCUGCGCACGACGAUGCAGCCGAGCCGCCGUCCCCGCUUGCAGCUGUCCAGGCGCAUGAUGCUGCCGGCGAUGACCACAGCGAGCCCGACGGCCAAGACACUCGUCGUUCCUCUAGCGCCGGUGCCACCGCCCCACCGGCGGACUUCGACGGCUACCGCAUAGCAGACGACGGCAGCGUGGUGAGUCUGAAGCCCGGUGUUGCUGGCGACAGCGGCAGCACCAUCAACACGGAGACCGAGUCUGUCGACAGCGGGCUGCCCGACAUGCUGAGCGAGCGUCUGAAGCGCCGGCUUCUGCAGGGAAGCCGGACCGGGUCUGAGUGGUCAUUCUCUGUGCCCGAGCCAUAGCCAGUGGCUGUUGCCAGGAUGGGGCGGGGCGGGGCAACAAGGCGAAAGCUCAGCUUGUCUCACUUUGUCGCACCUCCGGCCACUAUAUUCUCACUAGCACUGUGUAUCUAUCUCGCUCUGCAUCUGUAACAUGUCCUGUUUCGGCGGCUGCGCCCGGCGGGCUCGAAAAAACGGCCCAUAGCGCCACGGGGCGCCCCUUUAGUGCCGCCAUCCCUACCGGCA